AUGGUCGUCGGCCACUUCCCGCUCCAAAACAAAACCUGCGUAAUCACCGGCGGCGGAAGCGGCAUCAACCUCGCCUUCGUCAAACUCGCCGUAGAAAAACAUAACUGUCGCUGCUUAAUCGCCGACCUAAAACUCACUCCCGAAGCCGAAAAUCUCUGCAAGAAACAUCCAAACCUGAUAGCGUUCACGCGUUGCGAUGUGACGAAGUGGUCGGAUCUUGAAGCCUUGCCGAGUCAACUAAAAGUAAGUAAAAAAGAAAUCGAUCGAAGAAAGAGAGAGCAACACAUCUGGAUCGCCGGCGCCGGCAUCUUCGACGGAAGCGCCUUCUUCUACAACGACCCCAAAGACACCACCAGCUACCUCUCCCUCCGCAUCAACGCCGAACACCCCAUCAAACUCACCCGAAUCGCCAUGCGCAGCGCCUGUGCCGCGAACCGACCCGCCGUGAUUUUGAUCGUCUCCAGUCUCGCGGGGAUAUGUGGCCAAUACGCUUCGGCACUGUACUGCGCGUCGAAACACGCGGUCGUGGGCUUUACGAAAUCGAUGAUGCAGGCGGAUCGGGAUGAGGAUGUGAAGGUUGUGUGUAUUUUGCCGGGGAUGGUGGCGACGCCGCUUUGGACGGGGAGGGAGGCGAGGAGGGAGUUUGAGCAGUUUGGGUAUAGUGAGGAGCAGUGUUUGAGUGCGGAGGAGGUGGCGGAGGGGAUGAGGGAGAUGAUUGUGAGUGAGGAGUGGGAGGGGGGCAGUUUGAUGGGGAUUGAGAAGGGGGGUGGGGGGUUGAGGCAGAGGUUGGAGAGUAGGCAGGGGAUUGAUGUUGAGGGGGAGGGGAUGGAGGGGUGGGUUGAGCAUGCGUAUGAGCCGAUCCGGGCUGUGUUGAGGAGGGAGAGGGGGGUGAAGUUGUGA